CGUUGUGUCAGACGAGAAUGUAGUUGAAAUGAUAUCUAUUUACAAUAUACGAUCGUAGAGUUGUUUCUACUUGCACAAUACAUCUCUGUAUCUGUAUCUACUCUAGUAUGGUAUCUAGAUCUAUGAUUAGAUGAGAGACGCCGUGUUGGUGAUGCUCUUGCUUGUCAACGCCGUCUUCGUGUGCUUGGGAGGUUUGAUCUUCCACCUACUGGAGUACUACAACGAAGCUUGGGCACACGAGAGUCUCAAAUUGGAGUUUCUGAAAUUUUUAGGCAAUCAUUCUUGUGUCCACCCGAAGAUCCUUCUUGAUUUCACCCAUACGGUAGUCCAUCACAGCCAGAAAGGGAUCAACAUGGAGGACAUUGAACUCUUUGACAACAUCUCGUCACUGAACUGGGUCACACUGGAGCUGAUAACUUCCAACAGGAUAUGGGACUACUCCUCGGCCUUUCUCUUCUGCGUGACCGUCAUAACCACCAUAGGCUACGGGCGUUUUGCGCCAACCACCUGGGGUGGCAGAUUAUUUUGCAUUUUCUACACGCUGACUGGCAUCCCGCUGUUUGCCUCCAUGAUGGCCGGGCUGGGCGAGCGCCUCGAGGAGCUGUUGAAUGGCGCGCAGAAGUGUGGGCGGUGUAUCAAAGGACACCCCGUUCUUGAGGCCAGAUUAAAAUCCAUCACCAUACUAGUAUUAAGUGCAGUCAUCAUUGUGAUGGUGCCUUCUGUUAUGUUUUGUUUCUUUCUGAGGUGGUCAUUUCUGGACGCAGUCUACUACUCUGUCAUAACACUGACCACUGUAGGAUUUGGUGACCUUUUUCCAGUUGAAGACAAGAACGAGAUGACCUACUUGUAUCGCUUUCUUCUCAGUGUUUGGAUCUUUGUUGGCCUUUGCUGGGUGGCCCUCGUCUUGACGGAAGUGGGUACGACUAUACAGAGAAGAAUCGAGAUGGCCGCCAUUAAAAGCGCAGAACUCUCUAGUAUAAUGAGCAAAAAAAUUCUGAAAAGCCCAGUGUCUUUACGGUCCCAGACGGUGUCUCCAAACAACUUCAAUGAGGAGCACUCUGCAUCUGUCUAGCUGAAGUUUAACACAUUGACAAGACAAUUCUAGUCCCAACAGAGAACAAUCUAGAACAAAACAGAUGCGUGACUAAAGGGACUGCAGCAGAGUGUGUUUUGCUUUACAUUAUCUUAUCUUGAAUCAUUGUUAGACUCUUAAAACGUGUUUCCAGUAGAUUCUAGACUCAAAGCUGCGGGUUAGAGUUGUCUACUUCGGAUAUAUUAUUGACAGCAGAAAUAAUGUAUAGUAGCACAGUUACUGCCAAGGUUAGUGGUCAAACACAUUUAGUAGGUAGUCAAACAAAGGUAGUGGUCAAACACAGUUAGUAGCCAAAGCUAGUGGUCAAAAACAUUAAUGGUUAAAGUAAAUAAUCAAUCACAGUUGUCAAAGUCAGUGGCUUAACACAGGGGUCAAACAAAGUUAUUGGCUAAACUUUCUUUCGUGACCUAAUUGUUUAUAAGGUGGACGAUGUAUCUGCUUCUGUGGAAGUCUCUGGCGAGUACAACGCCCAACCACCUUUGUUUUUUCCCAACAAAUGUCAGGUGCCCCUGGAAGUCAGAGUUGAUAGGAGACUGAAAUCAAUGAUGUCACCUAUUCUUUAUCAUCAUGGGGAUUCGAUCUGCCCUGCACCAUCUUGUCUCACAUCAGUUUUAUACAGUGUUAAUGUUUUUUUUUUUCAUCAGUGCAAAUAGCGAGUUCAGCAGACAAAUCCAAGGCACAAAGGUUCAAAUCCUGAUUUGGCUAAUCAAGGUUAAUUAAAACAUUAACAAGUCUACUUUUCUCAAAUUAUGACACGGGUCCUCCACCCCCAUUCUCAGACAGACUUGUAUUCAUUUCCCUCCCCCACUCGGACGGAAAAAAAAAAUUUAAAAAAAAUCUUGUAAUAUAAAAAUUUAAAUAUAUUU